AUGUCCGUUUACAACACUUCUCAAAAAAUGCUGCCUCGUGAUCCGCCGCUGAAGGGCAGUUUCCCGCUUGACCGUGACGGGUACUGUAAGAUUGCCAUGCUGGACUACAUGAUCUGCUUGCACAAAAACGCGGCGACACAGGAGAAGUGUCGACAGGAGUCAAAAGAAUACCUCGAAUGUCGAAUGAAGCAUGGCUUGAUGGACAAAGAAGACUGGGAUAAACUUGGGUAUGAUCGUGAAAAAAAGUCGUUAGAAAACUAA